AGCAUGCCAAAACUGAGGAACCUACACCAGUCAAUCAUCAACAACCUCGACAUCCUGCAAACUCGCAAAGAUCAGCUGAUCGAAGACCACGAGCAAGAGCUGCUCCGACAGUUUCGAUCUCGGAUCGUUGAGUAUGAGGACAAGCUGAGGAGAGAACAAACAAAGCAAGAGGACGAGUCCGGCAUCCCUCGAGCAUGGGUUGAGAGGACCGCCAUGUUCGCGAGGGAUGUCGACAAACACAAAGAACAAGCUAUAAGACUUGACAGAAUCAACGAGGCUCUCAGUCAGAGAGUCGACAAGUACAAGAGCGAAUGCAAGAUGCGAGAGGACGACCGAGAGUAUCUAGUCCGACAGAUGGUGAACCUCGCAAAGGAGUAG